CUUUUUUUGUGCCGAGCAGAGCGGACGUGUCGCGCGCGCGCUCUUGCUUAUAUAGUUUUCGCGUCGGUUACAUUGGUGCAAUCGCGCCAAACUGAACAUAAAUAGUGAGCAACAGUGACUAUCUUCAGUGCAGUGUGUAGUGACACAGUGUUAAAAGCGUUUUUAUGUGAGAAAACGGUGCACAGUGAGUUCGAGACUGCACGCACGGAACUGGACCUCAACAAAGGUGACGUCAGCGGAUACCCAGUAUGACAGCAGUUGCUGUGAUACGGGACUCCAGUCUCCUGCGUCACAAGCUGUCCCACUGAGCGAACGCGCUGUCCUCUUCAACAGAAGUCUUUGUGCAGGGAUGGAGAAAGAAAUCGGCAACGGCGAACUGCAAGCACUAGAGGAGAAGGCUGGAAUCACAGAAUGCAAUACAAAAACAAAGGCUACUCCAGCAUUCGAGGAGGUCCUGGAAGCCAUUGGUUCCAGGGGGAAGUUCCAGACGAGGCUGAACAUCGUCUUCGUUUGCUUUGCCUCAUGCUUCGACCUGAUGAGCGUCAACAUGUUCUACCUGGCUAUGCAGACUCCAGAUCACUGGUGCUACGUCCCUGGCAGGGAGCUUUCCAACCUUUCGAUUGAGCAGUGGAAGAACUUCACCAUACCGAGGGAAGGAGCCUCGUUCAGCAAGUGCCUGAUGUACAACCAGAGCGAUGUGACGGACUUCGGCGGCAGCAGGGAACCUGUGAAGUGCCAGCACGGCUGGGAGUAUGACGACACCUGGUUCUCCCUGACAGUGACGUCACAGAUGAACUGGGUCUGCGACAACAAGCAGGCCGUCAAUGACGUCUUGUUCUACUCACAGAUUAUUGGAGUGGCCCUGGGGUUACUGUUUGGCUACAUAGGCGACAUGUACGGCCGACGCCCCCAGCAGCUGCUGUGCCUGUCAGCCCACGUGGUCAGCAGAGUGCUGGUCGUCCUCGCUCCACACGUGCUGCCCCUCUUCAUCCUGGCAGAAUCCCUCGUGUCAGCUGCGGCUGGGCCUAUGAUUGAAUCUGUCUUGUCUGUUGGUUUGGAGCUAACUGAUAUCAAGCACCGCACUGCAGUCAACCGCUAUGCGUGCUGCAGCAUGGGUGUUGGAAUGAUGCUUGCUGGUCUGGUGCCUUGGGCGCUGCCCAAUUGGAACUAUUCCCUCUCGUUUGCUGCCCUCAGUUGUUUUAUACUAUUCUUCUUCUUCAGUUGGUUCCCCGAGUCUCCACGCUGGCUGGCGUGCAGGGGUCGAGAGCAGGAGGCGCUGGCCGUUGUGCGUCGCAUAGCAGCCACCAACGGCUCCACGGUGCCUCCGUUCGCCUUGCAGGUGAUCCAGACCGUGGGCAAGAGCAAGACAGACAGGAGGGGCUUCCUCAGCAUCUUCUCCAGCUGGAAUGUCUUCAGGAACACAGUAAUCCUCAUUGUUGCCAGGUCGGUACACCUGCUGACAAUGUACUCACCGGUGAUAGCGGUGAGCCGACUGAGCGCGAACCCUUUCCUGGGGAUAGUGGCUCAGGGUGCGGCCAAGUUCACUGCCUACUACCUGGUGAACUACUUUGGGGCGAGGUUCGGUCGCCGUUGGCCUGGCGUGGCCAGUGCACUCUUGGCUGCAAUGGCCUGUGUCUUCGUCUUCUACCUGCUGACUGCGCACAUCGCGGGUGCAGGCAUCGUGAUGGCGACCAUGCUGAUGCAGUUCAGCACCAUUGCCAACAUGGGCAUGGCCAACCUGCAGAGCAUCGAGGUGCACCCCACGUGUCUCCGCCAGAUCGCCACGAGUGUCGAGUGGGCCGCUGCCGGGAUUGCCAUGUCAUCCCUGCCCUACCUGGCUUUGAUGGACGACAAGCGACUUCCCUUCGCCAUCCUCGCAGCUCUCAACUUGGUGGUAGCUUUUUCCGUGUCGUUCCUGCCGGAAUCUGCGCUUCAGCGAUUGCCGGAGACGUUAAGGGACGGUGCCGUCUUUGGCAGAGGACAGCCUUACUGGAGCUGGAAACCCAAACCGACACCAGAGUACGCCAAGGGAUAAAACAGCUACAGAAGUUCCUUUUAGUUUAGAAGGAAUGUUAAUGCGAUGCUGGCAACCUUCGAGUUCUGUUUACUGACGUCGCGCCUGACUUACUCGGCCUGCUAUGAACGAAUAACAGUGCACUUCGAGCUCUAUUUCUAAUCUGUAAACAGUUUCACGAAAAUUAAGCCUGACCUGUAUUAGAUUAUAAUUGAUGGCCGUUCUGUCCAGUAAAUGCUACACGCCAAAAUAAACUGAUAUGGAAACCGCACCUACUGAGUUCCCCCCCCCCCCCCCCCAAAAAAACCCCUCACAAUAGACUAAAACUACAUAUUGCACUCCUGUUGUUGUGUGUCCAGAGAAUGGUUUGAUGCAGCUCUCCAUGCUACUCUAUCCUGUGCAAGCUUCUUCAUCUCCCAGUACUUACUGCAACCUACAUCCUUCUGAAUCUGCUUAGUGUAUUCAUCUCUUGGUCACCCUCUACGAUUUUUACUCUCCACGCUGCCCUCCAGUACUAAAUUGGUGAUCCCUUGAUGCCUCAGAACAUGUCCUAUCAACCGAACUCUCCUUCUAGUCAAGUUGUGCCACAAACUCUUCUUCUCCCCGAUUCUGUUCAAUACCUCCUCAUUAGUUAUGUGACCUACCCACCUAAUCUUCAGCAUUCUUCUGUAGCACCACAUUGCGAAAGCUUUUAUUCUCUUUUUGUCUAAACUAUUUAUCGUCCCAGUUCACUUCCAUACAUGGCUACACUCCAUACAAAUACUUUCAGAAACGACUUCCUGCCACUUAAAUCUAUACUCGAUGUUAACAAAUUUCUCUUCUUCAGAAACGUUUUCCUUUCCUUGCCAUUGCCAGUCUACAUUUUAUAUCCUCUCUACGUCGACCAUCAUCAGUUAUUUUGCUCUCUAAAUAGCAAAACUCCUUUACUACUUAAGUGUCUCAUUUCCUCAUCUAAUUCCCUCAGUAUGACCCGACUUAAUUUGACUACAUUCCAUUAUCCUCGUUUUGAUUUUGUUGAUGUUCAUCUAACAAAGCCUUAAUCUCACGACUAAUUCUCUUAUGCUAACGUCGUUUACAUUCAUACCAGCUUCGCCUUGCACUUUUAAUUUUAACACUAACUCCAAAAAUACUCUAAUGCUAUGGAACCCGCCUCGCCCUCUGUACCCUCCCACUACACUACUGGCCACCCCCCCCCCCUCCCCGCCUGUUACACCAACACGCUCUCCACAUCCUAUUCCAACAAAACUUAAUCACCUCCCACAACGUGCCCAGGAAAUCUCGCCCAGAGAUCUACCCACCCUUCCAGCUUUAACAAAAUCCUCUUCAAAUGGUUCAAAUGGAUCUGAGCACUAUGGGACUUAAAUUCUGAGGUCAUCAGUCCCCUAGAACUUAGAACUACUUAAACCUAACUAACCUAAGGACAUCAGACACAUCCAUGCUCGAGGCAGGAUUCGAACCUGCGACCGUAGCGGUCGCGCGGUUCCAGACUGUAGCGCCUAGAACCGCUCGGCCACACAGAAUCCUCUUCUUGCUCUCGAUGCCAGCGCUACAGUUCGUAGCUCCUCGCCACUUUUCUGGGUCCUCUUCCCCACGUCUUCACUCCCACAUUGUUUCGGAAACAGUCUUCCCCUCACCUACUGUUUCUGUACCUGUAGUGAAAUUAAGUCUUCCAUUUAAAACAUUUUUUUGAAAUUAAAAAAAAAAAUUUUUAUUUACAAUUUGAAAGGUAAAAUAGCUUGUUUUAAUAAUUUUAAAAAGACGCACUUAUUUCGUAUUUUAAAAUUUUUGUAAACUGUUUAUAUGUUUUAUGACUGCUGUUCCUGAAGAUCAGUAAUUUAACGCAUAGGGUCCCGACGGACGAUUGGUGAAAAUAAUAAUA